AUGGCUUACUCAGCACAGGGAUGGUCCCUCAUGAAUCAAGAGGACGAAGUUACACUUUGGUGCAAAAACUGCGACACAAAACUGGCCACGAAGGAAACUGUGAUGCUGGCUAAGGUACCCCCUUCCAGUACCCACUUGGCCCUCCGCGAGGGGAAGGAGGAACAAGUAGAAGCAAAACUUCAUAAGGUCGAAAAGGGCGGGAAAAGCACAUGGUACUGCCCUUACAUUUUUCGUUGCCGAGAGUGUGACAAACAUGUUGCAAACUUAACAAAGGUAGCAGGGAAACUGCUAAUUUGUUUUAAAAUAGAAAAUAUAGAUAUUUUUCAUAAUGGAAAAAAGAUAACGGCAAAUAAACUGUCAGAAGUGCGCAAGGAGUUGGAAGAAGAGUGUGGAAUUGAAGUUGUUAACGUUACGAAGCAUGCGCAAGAGACAGGAAGAAUACACCAGUGCCGUGGGGAUAGCAAAUCCAUGGUUUAUUGUGAUACAAGUGGGUUGACUCAUACAUCGCACGAAAUCGAUUCCUUAACGCGUCUAGUCCCGCGAGUUUAUCAGCGGGAGUUGUUCCUUUCUGCGAUGCGCGGUAAUACGCUGGUAUGUCUUCCCACGGGCUCAGGAAAGACCCUGAUUGCAGCCAUGGUGAUGAGUUGCAUGAAGAAGUUGAAUCCAAGCAAAAUUAUGGUAUUCCUUGUCGACCGAGUACCGUUAGCGUACCAACAAAGUGAGAAGAUCAAGUCACAGUUGACAGGUUUGACGGUUGAAACGUUGGUCGGUGAAAUGGAGUCACCUCAAAAUGGGGGUAUUCAUAAAAGAUUAGCUGAUAACAAGGUUGAUGUGUUAAUCUUAACACACCAGAUUUUUCUAAAUUUUUUAGCCGCGGAGGACAACCCGCCUAUUCGGCUGUCCGAUGUUUCUGUCCUGGUUUUGGAUGAGGCUCACCACUGCAGCGGGCGCCACCCGUACAACCAGAUUAUGGAGUACUACAAAACGAUACCAAACCGGUUUAAACCUAUUGUGCUCGGUCUGUCAGCCUCGCCGGCCGGAGAGCUUGAAUUCGAAAGAACCAGUGAGAAGCUAAAAAAGCUCCUUGAGAACUUGGAUUGUAAAAUCGCGAUGCCUAUUGAGUCGGAUUUGUUGUUUCAUGUGACUAUCCCAAACGUGGUUUAUGAAACAUGUGAUUGCAAGAACACUGAACAAGUUAUCCUCCAGCUAUGUAUUAAAGAUCACAUCGAACAUCUGAUAAAGAGCCAUCUCAAAGAUGUACUAGAUCGUCAACGUUUUGAGUUUCCCGCCUUCUCAUCGAAUUUUAGAGGUGCGCUGAGAAAGCUUAUUGAUAGUUACCAUAGUAACAAGAAAUGCUUUAAAGCGCUGACCGUUGCUGAGCAUGCAAUGCACUUGCUCAGCGUUGUUGAGUUUUGCGAAGUUCUCGGUUACCAGUAUGCCGUUGAAAGUCUCAAAGAAUGUGUACACCGCAUUGUUUACGCUAACUCGCCGAAAGAUUGUGCUUUGAAGAAGCUAAUUGGAAGUCAACCUACUUUUCAAGCACUCGUUUAUUUGGCUGACCAAGCAGGCAGGGCUGACCACGCACGUGCAUUCGUCAUGUCGGACAGGUACAAAAUUCUUGAGAAGCACAUAAAGCAGUUCCUAUGCCAAGCUCAGGAAGACCCAACUUCUAGAGGCAUCAUCUUUGUGAGCUUGCGCAAAACGACCUUCAAACUUUGCGAGCAGAUCAGAAAGAUCCCGGAUGUGACCAAAACAUUAAAUCCUUACCCUUUUGUCGGCCACGGACAAGGAAGCUAUGAUGGAAUGAGGUGGAAAGACGAACAAGAAAAGCUGUUGAAAGAGUUUAGAAAAGGAAUAUGCAAGCUUCUGAUUUGCACGAGUGUUUUGGAGGAGGGACUGGACGUCCCCGAAUGCAACCUGGUCGUUCGCUUUGAGGGUGCAGCAACACUUCGGGCGCUGGUUCAGACCCGCGGGCGCGCGUCCCGUAGACGUGACAGCAAGUUUGUCGUCAUUUGCAAUGAAAAACAAGAAAGAGAUGCCAGAGAUCUGUGUCUCAAGGAACAGAACAUGGAAGAAGCUAUCAGAUGUAUGAUGGAUGACCUGAGGGGGCAAUCACAAGCAGAUGAAUUUGGAUGCGAAGUAAGAAAACCAAAGCUCUUCCUCCCCGCCACAGAGGAUAAUGGUGUGAAUACUUCUCCAGUCAUGCGCCACAGCCCUCGUAUAUCUGUCAUGGUGCACAAUAUGGUUGGUCAAGAAUCUCGCGUGAUAGAUUUUCUGAAUGACACCUUUGACGUGAUAUCUUCAAAGCCAAUCCAGUCCACUUCAUCGCUCGUUGAUGCACCUAAAAAGAAAACUACACUACAAGAUAUGGCGUUUGAACUCGAACCAAGCUAUAAUAAAGAAGCCAAGGAGUUUCGCUCAAAGGAAGAGUUUGCAUGUCACGUGACAGAAGCGUGGUGCACGUGCCUCACCGACCGUGACGAGGAACCACUUCCGGUUUGGCUUCAGGCCCCGCCAUUAGAAAAACGCCGCAGAUCUAACGAGCCAUUUCAUUGGUUGAAAGCAAAUUCCUUGUGCUUGGGUACUUUUGUGAGUCGAUGCCAUUUUCAGUGUGAGUGGCCUCUGCAGACCACACUAAAGGACAUUAAGAUUCAUUUUGAUCACAGCUUUAAAAUGCUGACCUUGCACUCCUCCAGGCAAUCUUCCAUCGUUCCUGGUCAAGGUGCUGUUGCUAGAGGUCCAUACAAGAUAGAAUUUCGCUACGACGAGAUUGAAGAUUUCAUAAUCGUGGAUUGUGAUAGUAAUGCAGGAAUGAUUAAAAUUUUUCUGACGGCGAGACACCCUCCACGGCUGUAUCGCCAACUGGAGGACGAACAAAAUUUUUUCCACCUCGCUCUAAUAGAUGAACAAGACAAUGAAGAUAAUUCAGUCGUCUCGUCAAGUGAAGAUGACUCGGAAACCGAAGGCCUCUCGACCGACGAAGAAUAUCCGGAUGUAAUAACCGCCGAUUUUCACGACGCCUCCCCAGAUCUCUCACGUAAUCUCACAGAUAAUAGAAGCUGGGAAAGGGCGUCAGAUUUCCACAAUGGUGAAAAUGCUGUAAGCCAGUGCUUUACCUAUUGUGUUACAAUACCAUUUAAUGAACUUGUCCAGUUGAGGCGCUUGUUGACCACAGUCGAGAAAAGAUUCCACAAAAGUGCGCUUUACUGCCGAGUGAAGGAGAGCUAUGGGAAAUUACCAGAUAUAGACAUUCCCGAUAGUUUGCCAUUUGGGGUCAAGUAUGCCGCUGGAAGUGUCCUCAGUUUUUUUCCUUUGGUUCGCGGAAGAGUGCCAUCUGGAAAAUUUGGUAGACUUUUGUUAGGAAAGUCUUCCGAUAUAGCUAUUGCUGCUUUGGAAAAAUUGAGUAAAGUGUUGGAAAAAGACAAGUUCUGUGACCCAGGCAGCAUUCUGGAGUCGUUACUGAAACAAAACAACCCAUCGACCUCCGGGAUGUUUAAUAGGUUGGUUUCAGGCCAUUGCGCUUUGAUAAAGCGCGCGGUCGUCACCCCAACUAGGCUGCUGUUCUACCCUCCGGAAGUCAUGGCGAAGAAUCGCGUGCUUAGAAAUUAUGAUACAAACGACUUCCUCUGUGUCAGUAUUCGUGACGAAGACCUGUCAAAAAUGUCUGCAGCAAGAGGGAACAUCGACGAUCUAUUAGACGGAAUGAAACUCAAACUAGAUGAAGGACUUGAGAUAGCUGGUCAGAGGUUUCAGUUCUUGGGUUCCUCGAACAGUCAGCUUCGUAACCAUAGCUGUUGGUUUGUAGGGCCCAGAUAUCUACCGGACGACAUUCGUCGCUGGAUGGGAAAAUUCACCAAUAUCAAGUGAGUGAGCACUAUUCCUUUAUUCAAUUUUAAAACAAGUUAACGUUUUCAGUCAAAAUAAAAAAAAAAAAUUCUCCCGUAAAGCGAUAUAAUUCCUUCAAACAGCCUAACUAUUGAUUAGAGGUGAACAGGAACGCAAAGCAUUUGAAAAGAGUAAGAGAUUAACAAAUGUUGGCUACUUAUUCACUUUGUUACGGGGAAGUGAUCAGAGUCUAGAAGUGAUGUUGUCACACAUUCACCUUUGAGAUUCACCUUUAUUAAAUGGUUAUAUGCACUUUAUUUAGGAAAACUGCAAAUUACUAGGUAUGAUGGGAGCAAAGUAUUCUGGGACUGUUUUGUUUCACAUCACUCGGUGAUUGGUCAAGUAAAACUGUUCAACCCUUUCCGCCAUUGAGGUGCAAAACUCAAAUUGGUCGUGACUCUGCUAUUCGCAUCUUUCCCCGUUUCACGCAGUUUACUCGUUCAUUUAUUUUCUAUUUCCCUUUAGCCUCAUGUGAUAUUUUCCUCUGUUCUAAUUGGCCAUAUGAACAUUAACAUUUUUUAUAUUGGCUUUCCAAUAGGUGUGUUGCCUCAUACAUGGCUCGUAUGGGCCAGUGCUUUUCCACCUCCUUAGACGCUGUGGGGUUUGCGACCAGUGAGGAUACCUAUUAUGACGUAGAAGAUGACGUUGAAACAGCUGACCGAGAAUACUGCUUCUCUGACGGAGUCGGAAAGAUAUCCGAAGAGUUGGCCGCAGAGGUAUAGCAAAUAUUUGUUUAACUUGGGAAAAAGGGGAGAUUUUCUCUCCUGAAUACCUGAAUACCUGAAUACGAGCCCGCCUAAACACAAAGCAGUACUGUGGUGUAAGCCACUUCACGUGAGGUGCAUUGGAAUUACCAUUUGCGACUUCUCCCUCUUUGAAUAAUCCUUUUUACGUUCUCAUUUUAGGCGUCUACGUGUAUUUAAUUUCAGUUCUUAUCUCCUCCUUGUACUAAUUUUAGGUUUAUGACAGUCAUUCCUUCGAAAAGCGCUGUAAUACACUGUACGUGUUUUAGAAAUUUAAAGAGCUUCUAAUAUGUUACGAAAUCUUCAUUUGGCAAUAGGAGCUUUCAGCCUCUAUGCCUAAAGAAACACAUUCUAUUUCAGGUUGUCCGAAAAAUUGGUAAACCAUUCAAACCAUCCGCAUUUCAAGUUCGUUUCGCCGGCUACAAAGGUGUCCUUACGCUAGAUCCCAGACUUCCAGGGAAACAGGCCAUCUUUCGUAGAAGCAUGUUCAAGUUUGAUAGCUUUCACCGCAGACUGGAAGUAUUGCAAACGUCUCGUCCUCAGGUCGUUUUCCUCAAUCAUCAGGUCAUCAUGCUUCUAUCUAACCAAGGAGUCCCGGAUGAAGUCUUUAUCAAAUUGCAAAACGACAUGCUGGACAAACUGUCAGGUGAGAGGAUGAAGUCAAGAAAUUCGAAUCAGAAAACUUCCGACCCAGAUAGGAUGAUCACUUCAUCUUGUUUCGACUCAUUACAUGGAAACAUGGUAAAAGGUUGCCUUUAGAGUUUGAGAACGUUUUAGCUGAUAAAAUAUGGAGACGUGCGACGUUUACACCUUUUUUAACGUUUUGUUUUGUCUCUGUACUGGCUUAAACCACCUCAUAACCAUGCAUUUAAAUACAUGCUACUGGGCAGUACAUGUGAUAGUUAUGCUGUAUAGAUGUUCGCUAAUUUUGUCACUCAGAUGGAAGCUUUUUAAACUCUGCAUUUUCAUUCCGUGAAAAUUGUUUAUAUUAUAACAAAACCGUUCCACUCAACCGCUGUUGCCGACUAAGUUAGUAUUGGCAAACAAUAGAGUUAGCGUCCAGGUAUUAUAAUAUCUCAUAUUACGCCUGUCUUUUGUUCAAAGGGAUGCUUGUGAAUGAACGUGAUGCUAUUCAGCUAUUGGGAAGUGGAGCCAAAAUGGGCGUGUCCUAUCACAAUAUUUCUAAUGCAGGGAUACCACUGACAACGGAACCAUUCUUUAAAUCGCUGCUGGUCGCCAUGUACCGAAAUCAUAUGCACGAACUACUUGCUCGAGCCCGCAUUCGUUUGCCACCAGCGGAAGCACGCUUGAUGAUGGGUGUAAUGGACGAGUUAGGUGUAUUGAAACCUGGUCAAGUGAGUCUUUUUGAUUAUUUUUUUUUAAGUUUUACUUUUCUCUAUUUCUAACUCUGAGCCUGGUAUGGAGGAUUCUGCCCCAAUAUAAUCCAACGAUAACAGCUGUUUUUAACGAAUGGCUCUGAAAACUGGUUUUCAAAAUGGGUACAAAUUUAACCCCUUUGCGGCAGAUUUACACAAUGAAAAAAUCAUAUUUUACGAUCGAACUUCUCGCGAAUAUUUCGACCAAUUUCUGAACAGCUAAAAUACUUCGGGGCUACACUGUCUGGAAGGUCAAUAUUAUGCUGAUGUGAAUAUGAAAGCGAUCUUCGCAAUUAUGAACACUACUUAAGCAGUAGUGAAAAGAAGGCCUGAAAAAAGUUCAGGCCUGUACGGGAUUUGAACCCAUGACCUCUGCGAUACCGGUGCAGUGCUCUUCUUCACCUCUACUCUUUUCACUACUGCUUAAGAAGUGUUCAUAACUGCGAGGAUCGCUUUCAUAUUCACGUCUUUAUCCGCAGUUCAAAUAUAUGACUUUUAUUUAUUCACAACCGUCUAUUAUGCUGAUGGUCAAUGUCAGUACCUGAGCAGCUGUUUACACACUCCUCCCCAAACCCAACACUAUCUAACUUGUUUACACUUGAAUAUUGUUGGACUCCCAUAACAUUUCACCAUUACAGAAUUACUUAAUGUCCUGCCAAAGAGCAUCAGAUGGCCGGACAUACUCUCCGUUCUCCCCACCUCCCCCUCCCCCGUGCGCUAGCAAGCAGGCCACAAUAGGCCUCAUAUCCCGCUCGCAACCACUAUCAGACCACUUUUGGAAAAAUAAUGUAGAUUUUGAGAAAGAUAAAGAGGAAGUUUGCCUUUGGAGUCCUUUGAAUAACCUGUUCAUCCUGUUUUAUCGCGUUCGCCAGGUUUUCGUACAGUACUCUGCGGUUGAAACACGUGGGGAUCGAGAUGACGAGUUUGACAAGAGGGGAAAAAAUUGUGCUCAGGGGACCAGUGGUGGUUACUCGGAAUCCAUGUUUACAUCCGGGAGAUGUACGCCAGCUCGAGGCUGUCGACGUACCAGGCCUCUGUCAUCUUGUGGACUGUGUCGUUUUCCCACGUCAAGGCUGGAGGCCACACCCUAA